GAUAUCAGGGUAAUUCAACACUUGGCCGCAUUUAAAACUGCAUUAACGACUCUGAGCUUUCGUGACAAUGUUUUGGUCGAAACAAUCGCCACUCAAGCUUUGAUACUUGAUCAUAGUAAGCUUACUAUCGAGGAAAAGCCUUGCAGUAGUGAUGGCGAUGGAGAGGACUUCAAUACAACGUGUAAAGAACACCGAACAACUGAAUUUAUUCCUUCAGUUGGCUUGUCAGUGCUGCGAUUGCGAGGAGGGGCUAGCGGAGACGAAGAAUCAUGGUUGUGUGACAUUUGUGGAAAGUCACUCGUGUCUAAAAGAAAUCUCGAUGUGCAUAUGAACUCUGCUCAUGCCAGUCACCCAGACUUCACAUGUGUUACAUCGCCUGACGGCCUGCCUAAAUGGAAGUGCAGUUUGUGUGGAAAUUUUCUCUCUUCAAAGCAGCGAGUGAUCUCACAUUUAAUUAGAACUCAUGGUAAAACAAACUUUCUAGAUCCAGAACAGAAACAGACCCUUACUGGUAAUUCUUGAACAACAUUGUGGAGAAGAAAACGUUCUGCAAAUGGCUGUUUUGUCCCAGAACAAAGCUCUCCCUCUGUUUCUUUUGAGGAAGGUUUAGAAAUUGACUUUGAACAUUGCUCAUCUAUUUUGGAUGAAUCACCAGUACCUCAAGGGGCGAGCUCUGCUACAAGCUUAUAUGUAUCUCAAUCAAGCUCAGAAGAAGAAUUGCAAAUCUUUUUAACUACUGACACUCAUGAGGACAUUGAAACUUCAAGACAAGGCACAUGUUUCUACAGUAAGAACAAUGUCAAUAACAUUACUAAUUAUUGUUCAGACUCUGAGCACCCAGAUUCUGACUCAAAUAUUAUUAGUUUUAUUGAUGAGUCAAACACAUCAGACUCAGACUGUUCAAUGAGUAGUGACACUGAUUACAGUUCAUCUGAAACAGAUCUGCCAAUGUCCAGUGAUGAAUCAGAUGCAGAAGAACAGGACAAAUCAAAGGUGGUCUCAGGUGCCUCCAACAUCCCUGCAAUUACUGAAAAGGAAAGACUGAGCCUAAUCAUUUUAUCGUACAUUGCUAAAUAUAAAUUGAGUGGCUCUGCUUCUGUUGAUCUUUUGGAUCUCCUUAAGCUUAUUGCCCCAGAAGAUAACAUCCUGCAAUCUCUGACAUUAAGUGACAUAAAAGAAACACUAGGAGAUUGCAUUGUUAAUCUUUAUGAUUGCUGUGGAAAGUGCUUCUCAAUUUUUCCAAAGGAUGAGACUAUUUAUCAGUGUAGUACAAUAGAUAGUGAUGGAAACCAAUGUACAGGAUUGCGUUAUCGUGGAAAUUCACAUAACCAGGUUAAAAAGCAGAGAAACUUAUAUUUUGUGACUAUUUCAGUUGAACAGCAGUUGAGCAAACUUUUGGAAUGCACUGGCAUUUGGGCAAAAAUUCAGCAAUACAAAAACACACCAAACUAUUCUUCAAGUAUUAGGGACAUUGUCGAUGGAACAGUAUACAAGAGGUACAAGGAAAGUGGAGGAUUUCUCACCAAAGAAGACAAUUUAACUUUACUUUUUAAUACAGAUGGCAUACCUUUAUACAAAUCCUCAAAGGUGAAUAUUUGGCCUGUUUUUCUUGCCAUAAAUGAACUUCCCCCAGAGGAACGAUUUGCAAAGAAGAACAUGAUACUUUGGGGAUUAUGGCAAGGGAAAGGAAAACCAAGGUUUUCCACCUUUUUUGAAAUAUUCACUGAUGACGUUAUCCGACUUAAGUAUGAAGGUUUUACUAUUACAAACAAAUGCCAUCCAAAACUUAUGCUUUCACUGGGUACUACUGACUUACAGGGUAAGGCAUAUCUUAUGUACAUGAGUCACCAUAAUGGUGUCAAUGGUUGCCUUACAUGUGAAGAAGAGGGUUUUGUCACUAAGUAAGGAAAAGGCUAUGUACGUAGCUAUCCAUUCAAAGAUCCACCUGCUCCACUGAGAACAAGUGAAAGUGUAGUAGAGAAUGCCCUGUCUGCCGUGGAAUGUGGUCAUAGAGUAAAAGGUUUCCAUGAUGUAACACCAUUAGCAAAGCUUCCCUGGUUUGACUUGGUACUUGGAAUUGUUCCAGACUAUAUGCACGGCGUGUUACUCGGUGUAACAAAGCAACUCCUUAAUCUCUGGUUGUCUUCAACAAAACACAAGAAACCUUGGUUCAUUGGACACAAAACAAAAGCUAUUGAUAAAAGACUGAGAGAGAUGAGACCACCUGAUUUUAUACAAAGACUUCCAAGGCAACUAGAAACAAGCCGUGCUUAUUUCAAGGCAUCUGAACUACAAGCAUGGCUGCUUUAUUAUUCUGUCCCUUGCCUCAUUGACAUUUUACCUCAAAAGUACUUAGAACAUUUUGCUUGCCUAGUAGAAGGCAUUUACAUAUUACUUGGAGACAAUAUAACACCAGAUUUACUAGCUUUGGCUAGAGAUAUCUUAUUGAAAUUUUACAAGAAUCACCAAGUUCUUUAUGGUGAUAGCAACUGCAGUCUAAAUGUGCAUAAUGUUGGAGCCCAUUUAGUGACUUAUGUACAAGCAUGGGGACCACUUUGGGCAUGGUCGUGUUUUCCUUUUGAAGAUUUAAAUGGAGCCCUACUAGAGAGUGUUCAUGGGACAGGAAAUCAGUGUCGCCAACUUAUUUGGAUGCUGUAUGCUCAAAAUUCCCUUCGAACCAAAUGUCAUUUAAUUUCUGAGAAGAACAUGCAAUUUUUUGUGGAGGAAAUGCUUUCUGGUGAGAGAAGCCUACGGAAUGUGAAGAGUGCAGCAAACUGUCAGGUUGCUGGAGCCCUUACAAAAUGGACAGUAAACAAUGAGAUCUAUGAACAGGCAUCCUUACAACUUGAUUCAAAUUACACUGAUAGACCAGUUUUUCUAAAAGCUAAGCGUGUGAUUGUGAAUGGGCAUGUCAUUUAUUCACGGAUCUAUGAAAGAAUGAAAAAACAUUGUGGUUUUGCAGUCCUUAUAGAGCAAAAUGGAGGAAACUACAUGGCCUUUGUUGAAUACUUUUUGUUUGAAAGAAACUUAAAAACUGUGUUUGCUGUAGUUAAACGUAUUGUUUUAGAUUUUGAGAACCCUUUCUUUGUGAAUGAUAAGCCAAAGCAUCUACUCAGGAUUGCCGGUGAAGAUGAGAGUUACACUGUUGUUGGAGUGGACUGUAUCCUUGAGAAAAUUCUUUAUCUUUCUGGCAACCCAAACCACAUAUGUGUGGCUAGGGCUCCAAAUUUUUGUGGCCAUUGCCGAUGAAAUUGCUUGGGUUUUUUUAA